AUGCUGCCCUACAUGGACUACAUCCAGAAUGCAUUCUACGAGGCCACAGACUGGAACCAGGACAAUUCCUAUGCGCAGCUCACGGCCACAGCUCGCGCACUGCUCGACUUCCCCACGCCCCGCGGCCUCAAGAUGAACCUCUCCUCCCUCUCCUCCCCCAACUUCGCCACCUCCUACGGCUUCGGCAACGUCGGCGUCGUCGACGGCUCCGUGUCGUACCUCUCGUCGUCGCUCCCCCUCACAAACGUGCAGCGCAGCUGCGACGUCGACCUGCACGCCGUGACGCAGGGGUACCGGCAGCUGCAGGAGCUGCGGCGCCCGGACGACCCGGCGGACUGGGAGGUGUGGCAGGGCGGGAACAGGAUCGAUGGAAGAAGUGGGCGCCGCUAA